GCACCAUUUGCAGAUGUAUAGUGCUCCUCUGCUGGCGGACAUAAGUAGUCACGGACGAGAUUCACACUCCGACACUUUUUCUUUCUGCGAGUAUACCACAACUUUAUUCCACCAGAAAGUGAAGAUAGCGGUGUUUGGAAAAAAAGGAGGGACUAUCGCACACAAGGAAUUCAUGCCAUGCGCGGCACCGAGCCCUUUGAUCCGCAGGGCGGCUCAUCAUGGGCGGCGGGUAUCAAUAGAACGAGAAGCGCUGGUGUAAAGAAAACC